GCAAGCCCUAAACUUUUAGGGUAGGGCGAGAGGAGAAAUCUCGUUUGAAUCCUUGGAUGGCGUCGCCGGCGGCGUGGCAACAGCUCCCAGGGCAAGGAUCGCCGUCGCAGGGGCACUGGCAAGCAGGCCAAAUGCAGCGCGCCGUGUUUCCAGGCUACCCAGCGCCACCGCUCCAGCCGUAUCGAGCGCCAAACCAGCUCAAUUCUACUCCUCCGGGCGCCUCCUCGCCAAACCUUCCUCUCUAUCAGCCUCCAUCGCCAUCUGGGCAAAUGGGCUCCAGCCCCACGAAUGGCACGGGCUACGCGCAUGUAAGAUGGGACGCUAGCGCUCCUCCGCCAUCGAUAUUUGGAGCACGGCCAACGUCGCAGCCAGCGAGCUCUCCUUUGGUCCAGCCGCCGCCAUAUCCAUCGAACCACCAGUGGAUUCUUCCGGGACAACAUCCCCAAAGGCCGUUUCUCUAUCCACCGACUUUUUCUCUUCCAUACCAGAGGCAAGAGCUCCAUCCAUCGUUCCGGCCAGUGGGCGAUCCUUUCCAAGGUGGUGCUGCGUUUGGAGUGUGGGGUGGCAGUGGCAUUGAUAUUUCUGGAUCAGCAGCACACCAUGAACUUCCAGACUUCCAUGCUCACAAAAUGCCGGCUGCUGCUGCUGCUACUGGCGAAGACAAAAGUCACACUGCUGUGAGUGAUUCUAAAUCGGAGAAUGCUUUUCCAUUUGAAGUGUCUGAGGAAGAUGCUUGGGCUGCGCAUAAAACAGAAGAUGGAGUCAUUUACUACUAUAAUUCUGUUACAGGGGAUUCUACGUAUGAGAAACCCGCGGGCUUCAAAGGAGAGGCUGGCAACGUCACGUCCCAGCCAACUCCAGUGUCCUGUGAGAAGCUGAGUGGCACGGAUUGGUCUCUGGUGACUACAAAUGACGGGAAAAAGUAUUACUACAAUCCUAAAACGCAGGCAACGAGCUGGCAAAUCCCUGCAGAGAUUGUCGACAAAGGGAAGAAGGACGUGUCUAAUGCUCCUGCGGCUUUGACUGGUGGGAGGGAAGCUAAAGGCACAUCAAAUACGCCGACAGCUCUUGAUACAAUAAAGAAGAAACUGCAGGAAUACUCUGGCGGAAUUGCGACAGUCUCAGAACCAGAGGUUGCGAAAGCCGGGGCAGAUGAUACGUCGAAGGACAAGUCAAAAGAAAACGCUGAAGCAUCUACAUCAGAUUCAUCAUCAGAUAGUGAAGAGGAUGGUCCAACUGUAACAAAGGAAGAACGCGUCCGGCAGUUUAAGGAAAUGUUGAAAGAGAAAGGGGUCGCACCAUUUUCGAAAUGGGAGAAAGAACUGCCUAAGAUUCUCUUUGAUCCUCGCUUCAAGGCUAUUGCUGGCCACACUGAAAGGCGUUCAAUAUUUGAGCAUUAUGUUCGGACAAGGGCAGAGGAAGAGAGAAAGGAAAAGAGGGCUGCACAAAAGUUGGCUGUUGAAGGUUUCAAACAACUCCUGGACGAGGCAAACUCAUCCAAUGAGUUUUCUGCUAGCACCACAUAUGAGAACUUUGCUAGCAUUUGGAAUCAGGAUCCCCGUUUUGAAGCUUUGGAUCGCAAAGAAAGGGAGACGCUACUCAAUGAAAGGAUCUUACCGCUGAAGAAAGCGGAGGAAGAACGUGCUAAAGCGGCCUAUGCAUCUGUAUCCUCUGAGUUCCAGGCUAUGCUGAAAGAGAGAAACGACAUAACUUCUACUACUCGCUGGUCGAAGAUCAAAGAUCUCGUGAGACAUGAUCCGCGAUGCAAAGCUGUAAGACACGAGGAUAGAGAGAACAUCUUCAACAGCUACAUAGCAGAACUAAGGGCUGCUGAACAGGUAGUCGAGAGAGCUGCGAAAGAAAAACGUGAUGAAGAGAACAAACUGCGGGAAAGAGAACGAGUGAUGCGAAAGCGAAAGGAAAGAACCGAGCAGGAACUCGACAGAGUUAGAGCCAAGGCUCGCCGGAAAGAUGCAGUGACUGGUUAUCAGGCUCUUCUCACGGAGAAAAUCAAAGAUGCCGAGGCAUCGUGGACAGAGAGCAAGCCAAAGCUAGAAAAAGACGCUCUUGGACGCGCUACAAACCCAGAGCUAGAUGCUGCGGACCGGGAGAGAUUAUUCAGAGAUCACGUCAAGGACCUGUACGAGCGGUGUGAGAAGGAAUACCGAGCACUCCUGGCAGAGGCUAUAACGCUAGACGCGGCCUCGAAGCUGGCGGAAGACGGCAAAGACAUCCUGGGCGUGUGGAGCGACGCCAAAGACAUGCUCAACUCGGACCAUCGCUACAACAGGAUGCCCCGGCGAGCUCGAGAAACGUGGUGGCACCGCCAUGCUCAAGAGCUCCAGCGCCGGCUCAAACCAAACGACAGGGACAAAGAAAAAGACGAUCCAAAAGCCAGAGCUUCUGGUUCUUCAUCCAAACGACAGAGAUAAGCUCCUGUCUAUUAUUCUUUCUUUUUUCCUUAUUUGGUUAAAACUCUCUCUUUGUUUUUGAUAUAAUUGGAAGAAAGACCCAACGUGUACACAAUGUAUAAAUAUCGAAAGCCGCGUUGCGUUCUAAAUCUAAAGUUGACGCGAA